CAAUGUUUUUGAAAUAUUUUUUAAACUUACAAGUGUUAAUCAAGUUGAAAUACGACCAUUUUCAAUGCAAAAUUGUUAUUUUUAUCAUUAUUGCCACCAAAGUGAAUAAAAAUCUAUUAUGUACCUUGGAGCAACGGAUAUAAAUCUUUAUUUAUUUAUCCAUAAAUCAAUGUUUCAUCUUUGCAUGAUCACUGGAUCUAAACUUCCCUAGGUUUCAUUUGAAUGAUCUCGAGUUUGUUUAAAUAGUUGAUUCUUAUCAACUGAAGAUUCAAUUAUUCUGUCUAAUCACUGGUCUCCUUAAGCUACUUAACUUUUCACUCAAGGUGUAGAUACCUUUAUUGAUAUAUUUGAACUUUUAUACCUCAAGUCUUAUAAAGGUUGUCAGAUCAAAAUUGCAAACCUAGUUUCACACUAUACAUUGAAACAAACAUUUCAUCAGUCUUUUAUUCUGGUCUAGUGAGUGUACUUUUCAUCUAUUCUUCAUCAUGUUUAAUGGUUAUGGCUUCAGUUUAUUGAUUUUUACAUCUAUCAUUUCCAUCUCUCUAUCGUUUAAACAGGGCGAAGUUUCCACCAAGUCACCCAAAGAAAAGGAAUUAGAUGCUUAUAAGUUCGUUGAUGAAUAUGACUUUGCUCCUUUACCUCUUAAUGUUGAAAAAAAGCACGUGAAAUCGGCUGCUAAGCUUACCAAACAAUUGACUGUGGCAAACUCAUCGGACACUCAAUUCAAUUCAACAACCCAAUCUCCACUUCAAACAACCACAUCAUCAUCCACAACAACAACACCUAACUCAACAAUUCCUAUCAUCAAAUCGUCUCCGGUCAAGUUGAAUGAUUCUGUCUCCAUAAAACAAGCUGAUCAAGACAAAAAUGUUGAACUUAAAAAAUCACAGACCAAGUCUAAGCACCGGGACAUUCCUGUUAAGAUGAGAAGCAUUGCAUUUUUGGUGAAAAACGUCGCAACUGAUUAUACUUUGGCAAGUUUCAAGCUUGGUUCAAUCCAUAAAUCAUAUCGAGGUAAAACAGUGAAAAUAACUGAUAUACUCAAAACUAUCAACAUUGGUCGUCACAAGAUAGGAUUUGGAGUUCAGAUUCACGGGUUACAUGAAAACCACGAACAUAAGGAUGAUUCAAAGGACUCAAAAAAUAAAACCCUAAAUGUAGUUUAAAUCAAGAUCCAUUUCUGUAAUUAUGUUGAAUUAGUCAAUAAAUGUUUGUCUAUGAAUUCACUGUAACCAGUAUUCAGCAAUAAAUUAUUUCACAAAGAAUGACAGAUCGAAAAUGAACAGAUGAGUUGGAGAUUGAUA